AUGAACAACUCUCAGAAAAGCAAAUCUGUUAGAUCAGGUUCAGCAAGAGUCAAAUCAGCUAUUGAAAGAGCUGGUUUAAUUCAACAAAGAGAGUAAUUGAGAGAAAUGUUGAUUAGCAAAUUUUCAAAAGAUUUUGCUUAAGGUAAUAAGAAUAAAGAAGUAUUAAUUUCGUAAAUAGUUAAUGAAUACUUCACAAAUGAGCAAGUAUCAAGCAUAAAAAAUAUUAGGUUACAGAAAAUUCUUUAAAAUAACUAAAGGCAAGAGUAAUAGAGGCUAUUCAAAAAUAAAAAUAACAAAGUUAAACAUAAUAAAACCCUUCCUAAAAUAUUUAAUUUGACAAUAGAAGUGAAUAGAAAUCAUAAAGUGUUAGACCAUAAUCUGUUAAGAAUUCAGUGAGAUCAGAAAGAGAUCCUGAUUAAUAUUCUGUAACGUCUUCAUAAUUUGAAAAACCACCAAAAUCUGUAUAUGUAGUUGAUGAAGAGGAUGAAUGGGCUGCUUUGGUUAAAUUUGAUACAGAACUACACACAAAGGAAAGAUAGCUAGAAUAACAAAGAUAAACUGAAUUUAAAAAGAAAAUGAAGGCAGAAUUAGAUAGAUAAUUAGAAGAGAAGAGAAGAAGAUUAGAAGGUGAGAGAAAAUAGGAGGAUGCUUAUGUUAAAUUAAGGGAUUAUUAAAUGAAUGUUUAUGAUUAAAGAGAAGAUUAGAAAAAGAGAGAGAAAGAAAGAAAGUAAUAAAUGGAAAAAGAGUAAAGAGAUAGAUAGGUAAGGGAAGAGGAAAAGAGAAAAUUUUUAGAGAAAAAGAGAUAAUCAGAAUAGGAUGCAAUAUUGGUUUAAAGGAUUUAGGAAGAAUUGAAAUAGGAAUAAAGGGAAAUACUUUAAAAGAAGGAGAUAGAGAAAAGAAAGUUUAUGGAAAUGAUGGAAGAAAAUGAAAAAAAUAGAUAAAAAUAAAUGCAUGAUGAAAUUGCAGAAAAAUAAUUAGAAAUAGAUAUGCAAAGGAAAUAUAUAGAUUUAUAAUAAAAAUUAGAAUAAGAAAGAGAAUUAGAAAAGAAAGAGAGAGAAGAUAAAAUCAAAAAGAUUAUGAGUGAUUUUUCAUAAACUGUAGUAAAGAAUUAAAAAGAUUAAAUUAAGUAUUAUUUUAUUUAGAAUUAGGGCUGAAGAUGAUAAAAUGAUGAAAGCUAUUCUUAUGUAAAAUUCAAUUGAAUAAAAUGAUGAAGACAAAAAAAAGAGAUAAAUAAAAUAAUAACAAUAGGAAAUGAGAUAAUAUUUAAUUAAGUAAAUGGAAGAUAAAAAGUAAAUAUAAUAUGAUUAUUUAAGAUAGAAAAUAAAAGAAGAGGAAGAUUUAAAUAAAAAAUAAGCUUAAGUAUGGUAAUAAGAUUUAUAAAUGUAUUAAACACAUGAAAAAUAAAAAUUUAAUUACAUUAAAGAUGUAAAUUUGAAGCAUUAAGAUAUUUUAAAAUAAUAAAUAGAUGAAAGAAAAUCAUAGUAGAGACCAAGAAAUAAAAUGAAUAAUGAAGAAUUAAUGCAUAACAAGCCUUUACUAAAAGAAUUGGCAGACAAAUAAGAUGCAAUCAAAGUUAGAAAGAUGAAUAUUUGA